AUGGCUUCGUGGUUUGGACUUGGCAAGAAAGCCGAGGCGCCGGGCACAGAUGUACCCGUGAGAGCUUUGCCAGCAACCUGGUACCAUUCCUCCGCAAUGUAUGAGCUGGAAAGACGGGCCAUUUUUAGCAAGAAAUGGAUCCUCGUGUCCCACCAACUUCGCUUUGUCAAUGCGGGUGACUUUGUCCGCAUUACAGAAGCUGGAUUUCCAUUCUUUCUGAUAAAGGACCGUGCGGGCAACAUUAAUGCUUUCCAUAACGUCUGUCGACAUCGCGCAUAUCCCAUCAUCGAGAGAGACUCGGGAAAGGCUAGUGUGUUGGCCUGCAAAUACCACGGGUGGUCGUAUGGAUUUGCAGGCAAUCUAGCCAAGGCUCCAAAGUAUCAGGAUCUCGAAGAUUUUGACAAGACAGCAAACGGACUAUACAGAAUCCACGUCCAUGUAGACAAACUGGGAUUUGUGUGGAUCAACCUUGACUCGGAGUCCCAACCAUCGAUACCCUGGGAACAUGACUUUGCCGGGGUUGACACCCAGAAGCGCCUCCAGCCGUUUGACUUGACCAAGUUUCACUUUGAUCACCAAUGGGAAAUGAUUGGUGACUACAAUUGGAAGACAUUGGCUGAUAAUUACAACGAGUGCUAUCAUUGCCCAACCGGCCAUCCUGCACUGAAUGGCAUGUCAGACUUGUCAAAGUAUUGGGUGGAAACCACCGGCGGACAUAUCCAACAUUUCAAUACGGAUAGGCCAGGUACUAAAGGCAUGGGGAUCUUUAGUUCCUUUCUGUAUCCUAAUGCUUCGAUCACUAUAUCGGAAAAUUUCUUCUACAUCAUGCGGUGCAUCCCAAUUUCAGCUACCCAAACCAAGAUGGAAUAUGAAGUCUACCGAGGGAAUGACGCACCGACAAAGGACUUUGAUUGGAUCAGUGACAUUUUCAAGCAGGUUUUGAGAGAAGACAAAGACCUGUGCAACGCAGCACAGAAGAACCUAGAGACUGGCAUCUUCACCAAUGGAGAGUUGCACCCGCAGGCAGAGAAGGGUCCCUUGUACUUUCAGCAAGUCACGAGACAAUUGGUCAUGUCCCACCGUAGAGGGGAAAAGGCUUCCGGCGAGGAACACUGGCCUGCCACGCCAAGGCAAAAAAGCACAGCUGCGAGUGACGAGGACGCGACUUUUUGCGCGAGUCUCAAGUGCCUGGAAGAGGUUUCAGACAAGGAACUUUCUUGGUAG